AGAGCUGUGCAGUGCGCCUCGGGAGAGAAGCCGCUCGACUUGUUUUGUUUUGGUUGUUUUUGGUUCCUCUGACAAGUGACCGCGGGUCCGCGUCAAUCGGAGCAAAAAGAGUGUCCGCACGCUGGUGGUGAGUGUCGCCGGGCGAGGCGUCGUCGUCGUUCCGCGUUCGGGUAUCUACUCCGCGCGCGCGAUGGCAGCGUGCUACCCGGGCUUCGAACUGGCGCCGCCCCCGCCUACGUCGUCGACGACGUCGGCCGCCGCGGCGGCGGCGGCGGCCGCGGCAGCCGCGGCGGCGGCGGCAGCGGCGGCCGCGCGGGGACAGCAGACCAAGGACUACUCGCGGCCGCUGCACGUGGACUGCAGCGUCGAGUACGAGCUGCCGAACCAGGCCAAGCCUCCGGAGGGGGCCCGCUCCGAGCCGCUGCUCAUGAUCCACCCCUGCUACUACCGGCGCGCCGAGAGCCAGCGGCGCAGCCCCUUCAUCAACAACCUGCCGAGGACGGGCGCGGCCGUGGCGGUGACCGUGUCCGCAGGGGUGGCGGCGCCGGCGCCCGCCCCCCGCGACCCGCUGCUGUGCGGCGACCUGACGUCGAGCGCGGACUCCGGCCACUGGACGGACACGGAGCGCAGCCCGGCGGACGCGCGCCUGCACCGCGACUUCGCGCCCGACUCCGGCAUCGCGACGCCCGUCUCGCUGGACGACAAAGCGGUGCUCUCAGGUGAGCUCAUCAUCGCGACGAGGGCGGACCGACGCAGCAGCCGCCGGCUGCAGCCCUUCUGCCUGCAGUGCGCCCGCGUCGCCAAGUACCGGGCCAUAUAG